CGUCCCAUUAGAUUGUGUAGCUUUGCUUUCUGUCUCUGAAAUGAGCGGGAGCCAGUGCCAGAGGUCGAGGCCCAAUCCGCCGAAUGACGAUUCAGAAACGAGCAACUCGGGGAUCCAAAACGAGCGUAUUCUCAUGUUAGUCUUCAAGUCCAUCAAUUGGGAUCCCCACGUUCUAUGCCUCAUGGCUUGCGUGAGCAGGAAGCUCCGUGCGGUAGCGAAGAGGUUGCUAUGGAGAGAGCUCUGCGUAUCGCGGGCGCCGCGCAUGGUAGCGGCAUUGAUCAACGGUGCGCCCAACGGCCGAGUUGGAGGUGGGUGGCACGCGCUUGCCAAGCUCCUAUUGUUUUGCUGCGGAUGCCAGCCGAGUCGACACUUCCGGGUAAACCAAGCUUCGCCGGGUCACUUGGUGAAAGCGACUCGGUUUUCCAAGACGUCAGGCCGGAGUUUCUUGAAGAAGAGGUGCCAAGGGGAUCUGUUGUAUGUAAGUGAUCCUUGUGAGCAUCCUAUGGGGGGCAACGAGGACGAUUUGGGUAUUUACAGAGGGGUAUUUAUGAGAUUUAUGAAUUCGAGGACGAGAGCUUACUUGAUCGGACGGCGGGUGGAGUUCGAAGAGAAUGUCAGGUGUCCUUACUGCGGGGCCCGAGUGUGGAGUAUGACAGCGGCCAAGCUCGUGCCUAAAAGUGCGUCGAGGAGGCUUGGAUCGCACGACGGCGGAUUGGAGUACUUCGUUUGUGUGAACGGCCACUUACAUGGGACCUGUUGGCUAGCGCCGUUGUCGUCGGAUGAUGAAGAUGAUGAUGAUAAUGAUAAUGACUAUGACGAAGAAGACGAUUAUGGGAACGGUGGAGUCCAUGGUGAUGAUCGGAUGGAUAUAAGCGGCCGGAUUAAUGGGGGUUCGGGCUCGAGCGAGGAGGAGACUAUGGAGAUGGGCGACGUGGCCAUUAUUUCCACCGUAAAGAUGAGCCAUUCGCUCAUACGUGCAAAGCAUCCGGGAUCAUCGGCAUGACGUUGACGUAUUUGUUUGAAGCUGACCUAGCUAAAUCUUUAUUCCCGUCCUUACUUUCAGUCUUUUCUGGUGGUUCCUUUUUUGUUAUUCAGCAGCUAUUCCUUGUUCCUUCGUGAUCGGCGAAAAAUAGGAAAUAAUGUAGCUAGUUAGUGAAUACUGAAUACGGAGGACGGGAAGACAUAGAUGUCUUUUUUGUUUGAAACCCACCAUCUGAUACGUAAAUCUAAUCGAAACAUUUCACUGA